AUGGCGUGUUGUGGAAACAGUUUUUGUUGCCAAUGUUGCUGCAGAGAAGGAGAGACACGGACACCAGAGGAACUGACAAUCCUAGGGGAAAUCCGAGAUGAAGAAGAUGAGAUUCUACCAAGGAAGGACUAUGAGAGCCUUGAUUAUGACCGCUGUAUCAGCGAGCCUUAUGUGGAGGAUCUGGAAGGGAUGGACAACAAGAAAGCCAAAAAGUAUGAAGCAGUACGGUGGAUUAUGGUGUUCACAAUCGGAGUCACGAUUGGUUUGGUUGGCCUGUUUGUGGAUUUCUUUGUACGCCUUUUCACCAAACUCAAGUUGACUUUGGUUGGUGAUUCAAUAGAGAAGUGCAGUGACAAAGGUUGUCUCCCUCUGUCUCUUUUGGAACUCCUGGCGUUCAAUAUGACCUUCGUCUUCAUCGCCAGUGUGCUCGUUCUCAUUGAGCCAGUCGCUGCAGGUUCUGGGAUUCCAGAAAUCAAAAGUUACUUGAAUGGAGUGAAGAUUCCUGGAAUUGUCCGGCUGCGAACCUUCCUGUGCAAGGCUGGUGGAGUUCUGUUUAGUGUAGCUGGAGGUCUAUUUGUGGGGAAAGAAGGUCCAAUGAUACACAGUGGAGCCAUUGUGGGAGCUGGCCUUCCUCAGUUUCAGAGCAUCACUUUUAAGAGGAUCAAACUUGAUUGUCCCUACUUCCGUAGUGACAGGGACAAGAGAGACUUUGUGUCAGCAGGUGCUGCUGCUGGAGUAGCUGCAGCCUUUGGUGCUCCCAUAGGUGGCACCCUCUUCAGCUUGGAGGAGGGCUCCUCUUUCUGGAACCAGGCCCUGACUUGGAAAGUGCUCUUCUGUUCCAUGUCGGCCACUUUCACCCUAAACUUUUUCCGUUCAGGGAUAAACUUCAACAAGUGGGGCUCCUUCCAGCUGCCAGGUCUGCUCAACUUUGGGGAGUUCAAGUGUCUAAAUGGAGAUAAGAACUGCCAUCUGUGGACUGCAGUGGACCUGGCUUUUUUUGUCCUGAUGGGGGUGGUGGGUGGACUGCUGGGGGCUCUCUUCAACUGCAUGAACAAGAACCUGGCCAAGUAUCGCAUCAGACACAUUCACCCCAAGGCCAAGUUUAUUAGGGUUCUAGAGAGUCUGCUGGUUGUCAUGGUGACAACAGUGGUGAUAUUUGUGGCGUCCAUGUUAUUGGGUGAAUGUCGUGACCUGUCCUCCCCCACAACCCAUAACAACACACUGUCUGGUAAUGAGGACAUCAACUCAACCAUCCGCCAGUACUUCUGCACCAACAAGACCUACAAUGACAUGGCCACACUGUUGUUUAACCCACAGGAGGCCGCCAUCCACCAGCUCUUCCACCAGGAUGGUACCUUCAGUCCUGUGACUCUGUCAGUGUUCUUCUUGCUGUACUUCCUGUUGGCCUGUUGGACCUACGGUCUGUCAGUACCCAGUGGCCUCUUCGUCCCUUCACUGCUCUGUGGGGCAGCUUUUGGACGUUUGGUUGCCAAUAUCCUUAAAGUGAAAAUGGGAAUGGACAUUUACUCUGGUACCUAUGCUCUGAUUGGAGCUGCUGCAUUCCUGGGAGGUGUGGUCAGGAUGACCAUCAGUCUGACUGUCAUCCUUAUUGAAUCCACAAAUGAAAUCACAUAUGGACUGCCUAUCAUGAUCACUCUGAUGGUUGCAAAGUGGACCGGAGAUUUCUUCAACAAGGGCAUCUAUGACAUCCACAUCCAGCUGAGAGGGGUGCCACUGCUGGAGUGGGAGACUGAGCUUGAGAUGGACAAGCUGACUGCCAGUGAUAUCAUGGAGCCCAACUUGACCUAUGUGUACCCCCACACUCGUGUCCAGUCUCUAGUCAGCAUUCUACGUACCACAGUGUAUCACUCCUUCCCUGUGGUCACUGAAAACCGACAGAACGAGAAGGACUUCAUGAAGGGCAACAUCCUGGUCAGCAACAACAUCCGCUUCAAGAAAUCCAGCGUUGUGUCCCGUGCGGGGGAGCAGCGACGGCGCUGCCAGUCCAUGAAAUCAUACCCAUCCAGUGAGCUGAGGAAUGUUUGUGAUGAGCAGAACGCCAUUGUGGAGCCUGCUGAGGAGGGAGAAGACCUGCUGCAGCAGAUGUUAGAGAGGAGACAUGCUCCCUACCCCAACCUGUAUCCAGACCAGUCUCCCAGUGAGGAGUGGACCAUGGAGGAGCGCUUCAGACCACUCACCUUCCACGGCCUUAUCCUGCGCUCUCAGCUGGUCAACCUGCUCAUCAGAGGAGUUUGUUAUGCUGAGAACCAGUCGAGUGCCACUCAACCCAGAUUGUCCUAUGCAGAGAUGACUGAAGAUUACCCACGUUACCCUGACAUCCAUGACUUGGACCUCACCUUGCUCAACCCCCGCAUGAUAGUGGAUGUUACUCCUUACAUGAACCCGUGUCCCUACACAGUGUCACCCAACACCCGCAUCUCACAGGUGUUUAACUUGUUCAGGACUAUGGGCCUGAGACACCUACCAGUGGUCAACGCUGUUGGAGAAAUUGUUGGAAUAAUCACAAGACAUAAUUUAACCCACGAAUUCCUUGUGGCCAAACUGAGACAGCACUACAUCACCAUUUGACUCAAUAUCCUGCCCUCGUUCAGACCUGAGCUCUGUUCUUUCUGUUCCUGAGCCUUUUCCUCUGCCCAUUCCUAAUAGAAAAUAGGCAUUCCCAAACAAUACAAGGUAUGCACAACCAUAUAUUCUCUGUGGUACAUUUGGGAAAACAGUUCUCCAGAAAGGG